AUGGGUGGAACAAAGGUAAGGCACAGAACUUCAGACCAGGUAAUGGCUUUGAAGAUGAACAAACUGAACAGCAACAGAGCAAACAUGCUGAAAGAGGUUCAACUUAUGAAUAGACUCUCACAUCCAAACAUCUUAAGGUUUAUGGGUGUCUGUGUGCAUCAAGGACAGCUGCAUGCACUUACUGAGUACAUCAACUGUGGUAACCUGGAACAGCUAUUAGACAGUAACCAGCAUCUGCCCUGGACAGUGAGGGUGAAACUGGCAUAUGACAUUGCUAUGGGAAUCAGUUAUCUUCACUAUAAAGGCAUUUUCCACCGAGAUCUUACAUCCAAGAACUGCUUAAUAAAACAUGAUGAGAAUGGAUACUCAGCAAUAGUGGGAGACUUUGGUUUAGCAGAGAAAAUUCCUGAUCACAGUGAGAAGUUACCGGUGGUGGGCUCACCCUUCUGGAUGGCACCAGAAGUUCUUAGAGAUGAGCCUUACAAUGAAAAGGCAGACGUGUUCUCCUAUGGUAUAAUUCUGUGUGAGAUUAUAGCACGAAUACAGGCAGAUCCAGACUAUCUCCCUCGCACAGAGAAUUUUGGAUUAGAUUAUGAUGCCUUCCAGCACAUGGUGGGAGACUGUCCCCCUGACUUCCUCCAGCUGGCCUUCAACUGCUGUAAUAUGGAUCCAAAGUUGCGUCCUUCAUUUGCUGAUAUUGUCAAAACACUGGAGGAGAUUUUAAACCGCCUGAGAAAUGAGGACUCUGAGAGAGAGAGAAAGUUUUUGAACCUUGACAACAGUGAAAGAAAACCCAAGGGGUCAAUUGAAAAAGGACCAGGAGUAAAACGUUUGAGUUCCCUGGAUGAUAAGAUCCCACCCAAGUCACCCCGUCCACGUCGGAAUAUCUGGUUGUCACGCAGCCAGUCGGAUAUCUUCUCCCGCAAGCCUUCCAGGAAGAUAAACGUGCAGGACCCCUACUAUACACCAAACAAAGGGUUAGGCCGGAAAGUUAAUCCCUUCAGUGCCCGGGAGGACCUCAAGGGGGGGAAGAUCAAAUUCUUUGACAUGCCAAGCAAGUCUGUGAUCUCCCUUGUGUUUGACUUGCAUUCUCCAGAGGCAGGUGGAGGCCUGAAAGCCAGCCAAUCCCAGUUCCGGCAGGCGUAUAGCACAGACUGACUCACAGGCCAGAAUUUCUUCCUGUACCGGGACAAGAAGAGGAUAUGGACUGUUCAGAUGGGCCAGUGGCCCAGGAGGAAAAUGGGUUUUGCCCUGUUGAAAACACAUGUGGAGAUCCAGCAUGUAAU